AUGACAUCUGUCAGAAUUGUUCUAGCACUGGCAGCUUCGCAGAACUGGAUUCUUCAUCAGCUUGAUGUUUCAAAUGCUUUUCUGAAUGGUGACUUGGAUGAAGAAAUUUACAUGUCUUUGCCUCCAGGAUAUGUUGUACUUAAGGGGGAGCAAAUUCCUUCUAAUUUUGUGUGUAAACUUCAGAAAUCCCUCUACGGAUUGAAACAAGCAUCUAGACAGUGGAAUAUCAAGCUUACUCAGGUUUUGUUAGAUGCUGGUUAUCUUCAAUCUCAGGCAGAUAAUUCACUUUUUGUCAAGAAAGUUAAUUCUGCUAUUGUAGCUGUUCUAGUUUAUGUUAACGACAUCUUGGUAACAGGCAAUAAUGCAGAAUUGGUUUCUGAAAUUAAAUCUGUUCUUAGUACUGCAUUUAAGAUUCGAGAUCUUGGGGAUUUGAAGUUCUUUCUUGGACUUGAGGUGACACGAUCUUCAAAAGGGAUUUCAGUGUGUCAAAGAAAAUAUACCUUGGAAUUACUUGAAGAUUUUGGCAUGCUGGGGUGUAAGCCAGCCUCAACACCUAUGGAAUUUCGUAACAAGCUAUCUUCUGAUUCUGGUAUAUUAUUUUCUGAUCCACUGGAGUAUCGAAGGCUUGUUGGCAAACUCAUUUAUCUGGCUUUGACGAGACCUGAUAUUAGUUUUGCUGUGACAAAACUGAGCCAGUAUAUGUCUCAACCUCGUUCAGAUCACCUUCAGGCAGCUCAUCGAGUUCUCCGUUAUUUGAAGGGUGUUCCUGCGCAAGGUAUUUUCUAUCCAGCUUCUACUGAUACUCGGCUUACUGCGUUUUGUGAUGCCGACUGGGCAUCUUGUCCAGAUUCGCGCCGGUCAGUUACUGGCUUUUGUGUGUUCUUUGGCAAAGCUUUGAUUUCAUGGAAGUCAAAGAAACAGUCUACUAUAUCUCGUAGUAGUGUUGAAUCCGAGUAUAGAAGCAUGGCACAAACCACAUGUGAAUUGGUUUGGAAUGCAUCAGUUUUCAAAGAUUUGCAUUUUGGUAUUCAGCAACCGGUGACAUUGUUCUCUGACAGUUUGUCUGCUAUUCAUAUUGCGAAUAAUGCGGUGUUUCAUGAGCGCACCAAGCAUAUUGAACUUGAUUGCCAUUUUGUUCGGGAGCAACUCAAGGUCGGGUUUCUGAAGCCAUUGCACGUUUCUACAAACGAUCAGAUUGCUGAUGGGAUGACUAAGCCUCUGUAUGUGGAUCACUUCCGACAUCUUCUUGGCAAGAUGGGAUUACAUUCUUUGUACUCACCAUCUUGA